AUAAACAGAAAUGGCAUCCAUGUCUACUAUAGCUGAGGAGUUUCUGACGUGUUCUAUCUGCUUUGAAGUCUACACUGAUCCCAAAACACUUCCAUGCCUGCAUUCAUUUUGUAAAGGUUGCAUCGAUAACUUCACAAAGAAAGAGCAGAAUAAAAAGAAAUAUCCAUGUCCGGUGUGUAGGGAAACAUUUAAACUUUCUUAUAAUAAUGCUGAAAAUUUGAAGACAAAUUUCUGUUUGAAAAAUCUUAUUGAGCUUGUUAGCUCCAGCAAAGAAGUGAAGAAACCAUGUUCAUUUUGUAGUAUAAAAGGCGAAAUUGUUGAAGCAUCCUCACAGUGUCUAACAUGCAAAGAUUUCCUUUGUAAUGAAUGUGCAGAGCAUCGACAUAGGUCCUCUACACUAACACUGAAUCACAGAAUCGUCCUUCUCUCUGAAGUUUUCUCUGGAAAAUAUAAUGAGGAAAUUCGUUCCAAACAGCAGAUUCCCUGUUCUGAACACACUGGCGAGGACCUGAGGUACUUCUGCGAAACAUGUGAUGUUUCAGUUUGUCGCGAUUGCAUUGUCCUCAGUCACCAAAACCACAAAUGCGUUUCUCCAUCGGAUGCCAGGAAAACAAUGGAAGAAAAGCUGAACACCUUCAUGAAGUCUCUGAAUGAAAAUGUAGAAAAAUUUCAGGCGGCCAAGGAAAAUGUAGCAAUUGCUUCGGGUAAUUUGGAGAUCAAGAAGCAAGAGUUGAAGGCAGAUUUAGAAAAGAAAAUGAAUAUCAUUAUCGAAAAUAUGAUAGAGUCAAAAAAGUCAGUCGAAAAAGAAUUAGAUCAGAUCGUGAAGACAAAACAAGACAGGUUGCUAAAACAAGGGGAAUCGAUUGACAAGGAAAGGAAAGUACUAGAAGAGACAUAUUCGUUUUGCCAUAACCUCGUCAGAUGUGGAAGUGAUAUUGAAAUUCUUUCUAUGAAAUCAGAAAUAAAAGAUCGCAUAUCAGCAUUGCAGUCAUUGAAAAGAACAGAAUGUUGCAAAUUUGAAGGCAUUGACUUGCCCGUCAUUGCGAGCAGUACCGAUGGACGCAUUUUUAACUUGGCAUAUGAAAACGCAGGGGAAAGUGACAAAAAUUCAAAGCAGGAUGAUACAAAACUAGAAGAAUCAAAUAGGGACAAAGCUGAAAAUGACACAAUAAAGCCGGAGAGAAAUGGACCAAUAAGAUCUAUGGGCAAUCGUUCAUAUCCCAGAUUACUACAAACGUUUUGGGAACCAUAUUCUUGCGAAAGUCAAAAGCCAAGGUACUCAAGCGUCUCAUGGAUGAAUGAAGAUUCCUUUGCAGUUGUCGACCAGAAAAACCAAAAGGUGAAACUUCUCUCAAAGCAGAACAAUGAUAGCAAUUCAGUAGCUGUCCAGGACUGCGAGGUGCUAACGUCUUUCAAGGGAGGGAUAGCGUGUAAAACAACGAAGAAUCAACUACAUAUAAUUAACAACUUCCUGAACAUAAAAGAGACAUUUUCAGGUGUUUCAAUUUUGAUGACUUGCCAUUCGAAUUCAUCUCAAAUAAGUUGGAUCUCCGGUUUAGAUAAAAUAUGCAUUUUGGAAAAUUCCCAAAUCAAAAAAGUCAGCAUCUCUGACCCAAACAAAGCAGGGAAGCUAAGCAAACCGAAAUUUGGGCACGUUCUAAACAAUGGAAUGUUUGUUGUUUCGGAUUGGAACCGGGAUUGCGUGUUUAUCCUGAGAAAAUCUGGGUAUAUAGAGAGAAGGAAAUAUUGCUGCCCGGAUUCCAUUGCCUCAGAUUCUAACAAUAUUAUCUAUGUAUGUGACGAAGAAAAGAGUCGAAUUGAGAUAUUUAGACCGUCAGGAGAAACUCUGCAAUUAGUAAAGAUUGGAUCAAUCUUAAAAAAUCCCAAAAGUAUUACCAUGAACAAAGAAGACGAAAUCUUGAUCACAAACGAACACUCUAUCGUUUUAGUUCACCUGGAGUAAACUUGGGAACCUUGAAGGCGAAGUUUCUGAUGAACAGUACGAGUGCAGUUUAAUUUGU